ACAUGUUCUACUACUUAAGACAUUGGCUCGAAUCUAGGUUGCGCCUUUAGAUUUCGAAAAAAAUAACAACUAAAAAGAUUUGUUCACUUCUCAAACCGCAAACUCCGGUCUGGUCUGUUUCCAAAGCGUUCCGGGAAGUCUCGCGAUGUUGCGCCUCUGGGUUUAGAAACUCAGAUUUUGUUGUUGAAUCAGAGAUGGACGGUGGUGGUAAUAAUGGUGGUGAAUUGAUUGUCAAUAAACAGAGGGCUAUGUUACCCAACAAAAGUAGGGGUGAAUUUGUCCGUAAUCAAAGAAAAGACUUGGAGGGCUUCUCCGAGUCUCCAGACCUUGAGUUUGAGUAUGCCGAUACAGACAGGUGGUCUGCUGAACUGUCAGAGCUAUACAGUUACACUGAAGGACCAGAAUUUCUUCUCAACAGAAAAUGCUUUGAGGAGGAAUUCCGAACUCAUGUGUCUGACAAGAAAUGGACCGAGCUGGAUGUGUCUCAACACAGAGCUCACGCCAUGCGUCUACUGGACGGCCUGGAGGUGAUCGCCAGGGAGAAGAGGCUGAAGGUGUCUAGGGCCAUCCUCUACAUGGUUCAGGGGACAUUUGCAGAAUGCAGCUCUGAGGCAGAAGUUCAGCACUGGAUGAGGUACAACAUCUUCCUGCUGCUGGAUGUUGGCACCUUCACUGCCCUGGUGGAGCUGCUCAACAUGGAGGUUGAUAACAGUGCUGCCUGUAGCAGUGCAGUCAGAAAGCCAGCAAUCUCCUUGGCUGACAGCACAGACCUCAGGGUGCUGCUCAAUAUCAUGUACCUGAUGGUGGCGACCAUCCAGCAGGAGGACCCAGCCGACUCACCUGAGUGGAGGGCCACCAGGGAGACCUUUAAAACAGAGCUGGGCGCUCCUCUGUACAACAACGAGCCCAUCUCUGUCAUGCUCUUUGGCAUGGUGACUAAGUUCUGCAGUGGCCACGCCCCCCACUUCCCCAUGAAGAAGGUCCUGCUGCUGCUGUGGAAGAGCAUACUGUUCACCCUCGGGGGGUUUGAGCAGCUCCAGAACAUUAAGGUGCGUAAGCGGGAGGAGCUGCGCCUGCCCCCCCUCCCAGAGGACAGCAUCCGGGUCAUCAGGAGCAUGAGGGCAGCCUCGCCCCCCGCCUCCGCCUCUGACCUCAUCGAACAGCAGCAGAAAAGGGCACGCCGUGAACACAAGUCCCUGAUAAAACAGGACAACCUGGACGCCUUCAAUGAGAAGGACCCCUACAAGUCAGAUGACCCUCGUGAAGAUGAGGAUGACAACGAUGACAAUGACAACUCAAUGGAGGCGGAGCCUUUUCCCAUGGAGCGGGAUGAGGUCAUGCCCCCGCCCAUCCUACAACCCCCCUCAGAGAGGGUGAACUUCCCCAAGGGGCUGCCCUGGGCCCCCAAAGUCAGGGAAAAGGACAUAGAACAUUUCCUGGAAUCAAGUAGAAGCAAAUUUAUCGGCUAUACGCUUGGAAAUGACACAGAUACAGUUGUCGGCCUACCCAGACCCAUCCAUGAAAGCAUCAGAACCCUGAAGCAGCAUAAGUACAUCUCUAUAGCUGAGAUUCAGAUUGCCAAGGAGGAUGAGUUUCAGAAAACUCCACUGUCAGGGGGGGAAGAGGAUGUGGAGAUGUGCUCCACUGAGCUGCUAUACCAGGGCAUUCUUCCCAGCUUGCCUCAGUACAUGAUUGCCCUGCUGAAGAUCCUGCUGGCGGCUGCCCCCACCUCCAAGGCCAAGACAGACUCCAUCAACAUCCUGGCAGAUGUGCUGCCUGAGGAGAUGCCGACCACGGUGCUCCAGAGCAUGAAGCUUGGUGUGGAUGUUAACCGCCACAAGGAGAUCAUUGUUAAGGCCAUCUCUGCCAUCCUGCUGCUGCUUCUCAAACACUUCAAACUCAACCACGUCUACCAGUUUGAGUACAUGGCUCAGCACCUGGUGUUUGCCAACUGUAUUCCUCUCAUUCUCAAGUUCUUCAACCAGAACAUCAUGUCUUACAUUACAGCCAAGAACAGUAUUUCUGUGCUGGACUUCCCUUACUGUGUGGUGCAUGAGCUCCCUGAACUUACUGCAGAGAGUUUGGAGGCUGGCGACAACAACCAGUUCUGCUGGAGGAACCUGUUCUCCUGUAUCAACCUGUUGAGGAUCCUCAACAAGCUGACCAAGUGGAAGCACUCCAGAACCAUGAUGCUGGUGGUGUUCAAAUCUGCUCCCAUCCUGAAGAGGGCGCUGAAGGUCAAACAGGCCAUGAUGCAGCUGUACGUCCUCAAGCUGCUCAAAGUGCAAACAAAGUACCUGGGCCGCCAGUGGAGGAAGAGCAACAUGAAGACCAUGUCUGCCAUAUACCAGAAGGUCCGCCAUCGCCUCAAUGACGACUGGGCCUACGGUAACGCAGACCUGGAUGCGCGGCCCUGGGACUUCCAGGCAGAGGAGUGUGCUCUGCGCGCCAACAUUGAGCGCUUCAACAGCCGCCGCUACGACAAGAACCAGAGCAACCCUGACUUCCUGCCCGUGGACAACUGCCUGCAGAGCGUUCUGGGACAGCGCGUCGACCUGCCGGAGGAUUUCCAGAUGAACUAUGACCUCUGGCUAGAGCGAGAAGUCUUCUCCAAGCCCAUAUCCUGGGAGGAGCUUCUGCAAUGAUAACAGGGCUAGGGCUGGGUGGUGGUAGGUGGUGCUAUAGGGAGGUUUUCUGAACACACCUCCCAAGGUGGCAACACUAGUCUACAUCUCCACAUCUUUAAGUGCUGAAAAAGCAUACCUUUUACAGCAUUCAUAGAGCACUGGAUUUGGUUCUGAAAAUUAUGCAGACAAGAGUCCCCAUAACAAACAUGAUCCAUGUAUUGUCACCUCAUGCAGAGAGGAGUAACAGUCAGUAAAGAGGAGUAACAGUCAGUAAGGGAUAUUUUGGAGGUAGAGGGUCAACAGCAAAGUCACCUAAAUGUGGACCUUGUGCAUUAGCAUUAUCCCUGCACAGUUGGACCAAUCAUUUAUAAUACCUGAAUCCAGGCACUAGACAACUGUAAAAAAAAAAAAAAAAAAAAAAAGGGCAAAUAGACGUGUAUUUGUCCUGUUUCACACAUGUACAAGUGUGUAACCUGUACAAGUGUGUGGCGAAAUGGGAAAGUAUUUUUUGCAUAUCCCAUUUGGAGAGUGGUGUCACUCACGGCCAAGGUAAACCAGGUCUUGAUUCACCCCAUGUAGAACCUUUUCUAGUUUUCAACUGGACCUUUACAGAGUGCUAUAGACUUUAUUAGCGUUGUCCACCCUCCAUGGUUGGGGAUGUAAACCCUUUGUAUCCUGUUCCUUACACACAACUCCACACACCCAACGUGCCAUGGUGCCACUCUCCUGGCUGUCGGACCAGUACUCUGCCCUUCAAGAGAUUUUAGUCAUUUAGCAGACGCUCUUAUCCAGAGCGACUUACAGUUAGUGAGUGCAUACAUUUUUUCAUACUG